GAUUCCUAACCUGCAAUUCCCUAUUUUACCCCAUCGAACACGCCAGGAGGAUCUUUCGUCCCUUCGCUCGUCUCUCCGGUGCGAUACCCCAGCAAGCGACGCGCCCCCAGCGCCCGUGCCCUGCCCUGCCUCCGCCCCACUACGCGCGCGCGGCCCUCCCUCCGCCCCAGUCCCUCCGCGAUCCCGGCAGAGUCGGCGCCGGCGGGCCAGUCUUAGCUCCCGCCGCUCCGUCUGCCCCUGCCUCCACCCCACUGUGCCCGCCCCCUCCGUCGUCGACCUUGCGUGCGCCGGCUUAAGCUUUGAUGAUUGCUUCACAAGGAUGAGAUGGCGUCCCGUACAAAGUUAUCUGGUAUCCAGAGGCAGGCCUUGGCAUUAUACAGAGGGUUCCUUCGGACAGCACGGCUCAAGUCCCCGGAGGAGCGCCGCAGGAUCGAGUCUGUUGUCUCAGCAGAGUUCCGUGAGAAUGCCAAGAGUGUAGAUCGCAGGAACUUUGUGUACAUUGAGUAUUUGAUGAGGAGAGGGAAGCGGCAGCUCGAUCAGCUCAAGAAUCCUGAUAUUACUGGACUUUCUACACUUGAAAUAAAUAAGGCCUCUUCUAUUCCAGAACAACGUGUCGAGCAUGAUCUUGGUGUUUCUACUGGGAGACAGUAAAACAAGAAGAGCUUCCUUUUAAUGGUGUUUGACAUAAAAAUGGCCGCAUAUGAAAGCUCUUUAUGAUGUAACUUCUCUGGAGCACCUUCAUUUUCCCAUAGGAAUCUCUAGAUGAAUUUCGUAACAUCUUAUUGCCCUCUGGAUAUUAGAAGUGUGGUUCAUGUAUGAAUUCUUUUGGUCACCAAGAUCAACUGGACCAGAGUUUAUUGUCAAAGAGCACUUACAUUGGAGCUCUAUACUGUCUAAACGACUAAACCAUGCGGUUUAAAUUCAGCAAUGGUGUUACUUUUUAUGCAAUGUAAUUCACCCCUAUCUUUUAUAUA